AUGGUCUCUACUUGUAAUUUAGAAAAAAGUUAUGAUAUAACACACGGUGAAAAGUUAGACAAUAGCAGUCUUUGGUCUAACGUUACGUCAUGGACAGUGGUAUUUUACAUAAAAAAGGCUUUGUGUGUCGUAGGUGAUGUUGUACCAGUAACUUUUUGUGUAGAUGAUGUUGUACCAGUAACUUGUGUUGUAGGCGAUGUUGUACCAGGAACUUGUGUUGUAGGCGAUGUUAUACCAGGAACUUGUGUUGUAGGCGAUGUUGUACCAGUAACUUGUAUUGUAGGUGAUGUUGUACCAGGAACUUGUGGUGUUUGUGGUGGUAAUUGGAACAAUACAAUCUACAAUCUUGACAUCUUGCUCACAGGUCGGACCUAA